AUGUCUUUUCUUACAAUACCAGUAGAACUUGUUUAUCGAAUUCUUGAUCAACAAAAUGAUUUUACUAUUCUAUGUUCAAUGAGAAAUACACUCAUCUUAGUUAACCUUCAAUCCAAUAAAAUUGGAACUGUGAAAGCACAAUGUCUAGCUGAUGCAUUACGAUACAACACGACAGUCAUCACAUUAAAUCUUAGAUUUACUCAAACAGGAGAUGUUGGAGCAAAACAUCUAGCUGAUACAUCACGAAAGAAUACAACACUGACCAAAUUAUAUCUCGAAAAGAAUGAAAUUGGAUAUGUUGGAAUACAAUAUUUGGCUACUGCAUUACAAUAUAAUAUGGCACUCAUUUCACUAAAUCUCAACGGGACUCAAAUUGAAAAUAUCGGAGCUCAACAUCUAGCUGAUUCGUUAAGAAUUAAUACAGUAUUGCAUACUCUUUUUCCAUGUAAUCAUAUAACAGAAUGUAUCUAUGCAUUUACAGAUCCAUUUUAUCCAUCAUUUACCUUACCUCCACCUCAACCUAAUAGUCCAGGUGAUGUUCAACUUAAUAAAAAUAAUCCAAUUCGUUUUGCUAAUGGAUCAAAUUUAGCUGCUGGUCAAGGAUGCAAUAGUCGUGGAUUUUCUUACUAUGAACCGAGUCAAGAGGGAUUUCUAACUACAUAUAUCGACUCGAAUGAACAAAACACAUCAAUUACAGAUAUUAUAUAUGCUACUAAACAUGAUCAGUUAUUUGCACGUACUAUUCAAUCAAAUCAUGCUUAUUUGGCCUCAUAUCUUGCUGGAAAAUUACUCAAAAUUGAAUUAGAUUGUAACAAUGGUCUUCUUGGUUGUGCAUAUUUCACAGUUGGAGGUGAAUCAUCCAGUUCAUUACCAACAAUAGUAACAAAUGGAAUACCAAAAACACAGACUACAUUGUCAUUUAUGAUGCUUUUUGUUGGUGUUGUAUCUUUUACAAAUGUAUUUAUUCAAUGA